AUGGCCAGAAACAACAUACAUGAGGUAUGGGAGAGUGGUGUAGGUUAUAGUGUUGAUAUGGAUGCAAGAACUUGUGGAUGCAGGAAGUGGCAAAUGGUUGGAAUCCCAUGUUCUCAUGCGGCAAGUGUGAUAAUAGGGAAAAAAGAGAAGGUUGAGGAUUAUGCCUCUGACUACUACACAAAGAAAAGGUGGCGAGAGACAUACCUUGAUGGUAUUAGGACUGUGCAAGGGAUGCCACUGUGGCCUAGACUGAAUAAGUUGCCUGUAUUGCCACCACCAUGGAGAAGAGGAAAUCCAGGAAGGCCUUCUAACCAUGCUCGGAGGAAAGGAAGAAAUGAAUCUUCGUCUUCUUCAAAUACCAAGAAGAUGACAAGGGAAAAAAAGGAUCAUGACAUGCUCUAA